GAAAAGCUCCCGCCAAUUCAGACUGACGAGCGCGAGGUGGUUUGCUUGGAUCUGAAGGGAAACUCGUAGGAGAAGGCGAAACAGAUUUGUUUAGUAAAAGUGAUAAUAUUGCUGUCGUUCGGUUACACUUUAUUGUAAAAGAUAUUGUUUCAGAAGACAAAACAAAUGAAAUAGCACUGCUGGAAUAUUUACAAACAGGUAUUUUUGCGCUAAAGUUGCUCCUAUUAUAAAGGAAGUUUUUGAUGGUAGUGAUGCUAGCAACGGAAGACCCGUCCUCGGAAGGGCCUUUGCCGACCAUCCCGAGGGGUAAAGGUAUGGAUUGCAAGGACAAGUCCAACACUGCUGUCAAGAAGCUUGUUCAGGCUCGCCUUCCUUUCAAACGUCUAAAUCCAGUCCCUAAGGAAAAUGGAGAACUUAAAAAGUCUCGGAGCACGGUGGCCCCCCCUAACCUUAAAACUGAGGCUUCGGAUGGAGAGAAUGAGAUGGAGUGUUCCUCUUUACCGCUACCUCGUGAAAAAAUCCUGGUGAAUGGUGUGGGGCCGCUGGACAUUUUUGUGAGUCGCAGAAACUGCUCCCUGGGCAGUGCAAUAACCAUUGACCUCACUGAGGACUCAAACUCUGUGGAUGGCACAUUGCAGCCAGCUGUAGCGCUCCCCCCUACAUCUGGGCCGUCCACGCAAGAAGAUCAGCCGAAAAAAGACCCUGAGCCUGUUCAGGACUCCAUUACCAAGCCCAGCUUGGGGAGUAUUGCAGAUGUAGCAUCUAAUCCACAGUCAGGCUCUGCACAGGAGGAGCACCUACUUGUCUCUGAACCUGAGGAGGAUGGAGAGGCUGAGGUGUCCAGCCAUGGAAAUGAGUCUUUACAGUCGCCGUCAUCCGUCAGCUCAGUGUCAGUGGUGGAGAGUUCACCCGAGACUGCCAAAACCACAUGCACUCCACCUUCAGCAGGACCAAAGACCAAUGCGAACGCAAGUGAGGGAAAAGUAAAAAGACGUUCUUUGAAGGGCUCGGAGGAGCAACGCCGGCAACAACAGGAGCAGCGCAUGGAGCGAAAUCGGCUGCGCCAGGAGGCCCAGGCAGCCAAAGAGAAAAAGAGGGAGGAGGCACGCCGGCUGAAGGAGGAGCGUGAGAGAGAGAGAAAAGAGAAAAAGGAGAGAGAUGAGAAGGAAAAGAGAGAGAAAAAAGAGAGGGAGGAGAGGGAAAAGGCUGAGAAGCAGCGGGCGAAGGAGGAGCAGCGCAAAGUAAAGCAGGAAGCAAAACUUGAAGAAAAAAGGAAAAAAGAAGAGGAAAAACGGUUGAAAGAAGAGAAAGAUCGAAUAAAAGCAGAGAAAGGAGAGAUCACCCGGUUUCUACAGAAGCCCAAAACUCAGCAGGCCCCAAAGACGCUGGCGGCUGCCUGUGGGAAGUUUGCUCCUUUUGAGAUCAAGGAGCACAUGUGUUUGGCGCCACUGAACCGUGUGGUCUGUGAAGAUGAGGUUCUUGAUUCUUUGGACCGGUACCUGGCUCAGCCAGACAUUACCCUUGAUGGCCUGAGGGAUUUUCGGAGGCACAAGCCCCGCAGAUCAGGGAGAACCGAUCUGUGGCAUUCUGAGCCUUUCAGUGUUGUUUUGAUAGAAAGCCAAAAGCCUGAUGGUGUACCAGAUCGGCAGGACUGUGGUCGCAUGAAACUCCUGCAGUUCCAUGAGAAUUAUCGGCCAGCCUACUGGGGAACAUGGAGUAAAAAGAGCUUGGUCGUCUCUCCUCGCUGUCCAUUUCGACAGGACAAAGAACUGCUGGACUAUGAGGUUGACAGUGAUGAGGAAUGGGAGGAGGAGGAGCCAGGGGAAUCUCUCUCUCACAGUGAAGGGGAUGAGGAGGAGGAGGGUGGUGAAGAUGACGAUGACGACGAUGGAUUUUUCGUACCACACGGUUACCUGUCAGAUGGCGAGGGAGCACUGGAAGAAGAGGAGGGUGGUGAUCCAGAGAAGCAGAAAGUGCGGCAGAAACUGAAGGCUCGAGAGUGGGACGAGCUGAUGUCCAAGAAAAAGUUCAAAGUGCUAGAGGCGGUGGUGACGGGCUGCACCUGGGAGAGUGAGGGGCUGGAGGCUGAGCUGCUGCACCCCUAUGCCGUCUGCCUGCUGGAGCCCCUGCCCAAGGAGGAGCCCAGCACCCCAGAGGGGCCUUCGCGGGAAGUUCUGGAUGAACAGAUGCUGAGUGCCCUCCUGCCCCUGCUGCAUGGCAAUGUGAACAGCAGUAAGGUAAUCAUCACGGAGUUCCAGGAGUUUUGCCGUCAGCAGCUUCCUUCACCAACCAACAGUCCUCAAAGUGAUAAUGUCCCUAAAAGAAUUCAUCUGAAGAAGCUCAUCAAGGAGUCUGCCGUUUAUGAGAAGCGGGCCAACUACCGCCGUUGCUGCUGGUACGUGCACGCUGAGGUGCUUGCACGCUUUGACCAGGAGGCCUUGCCCAUUCCCUGUCAGUGGACCUACGUUACCCCAGGGGCUCACAGUGCUCGUGAAGAUGGUCCUGGGGUCAGUGGUGCCCCGAACACCUCUCCGACCACCCCUCAGUCUGCCUCCAACACCCCUUCUUCUAACAAAAGGAAGAGUGCGGGCAGCAUGUCCAUCACCAAGUUCAUGAAGAAGUGUGCCAAUCCGGAGCAGGGUGACGCCAUGGAGACCGAUGGAUUCCAGGCAGACACUGAGGAUGAUGAGGAUGAGACGGACUGCAUCAUCAUCGGCAUGGAUCCUGGUAGGUUGAGCGUUUUGUUAGGACAAGGGAGGCGUUUUAUGUACACACACUAUGCUGGGCAGUAUCUUAGAAAAAUGCAGUAUUUUAAUUUAAAAAAAAUUUGAGUUGUACAACAGCCUCCCCCCACGCACACAGCACCAAGGGGGACACUUACUUUUUUUUCAGCAAAAAAAAGUGACAACAUGAAGAGAAUAUUUGAAGGUUGGUGUGCACUGAUUUAGUGGUGGUGAAUGAUCGUUUUACAAAGACUAUAAACAGUCUGUGAGCCAGAUUGAAUUAUUUAAAGCAAUUCACAGACCAUUAUAACAAAUGUUUAUAUACUGAUACUUUCGUGUACCGUACAAGGAGUUAAAUACUAAUUUAUUUGUUUUUUUUUUAAAUGCACCAGAAACACAGAUUAGAGUGCUGAACUGACAGCCAAAUCGUUAUCUUAGGUUUAAGCCACACACAAAAUAUUUCCCUGACAAAUGCAAUAAUCGGCCGUUAGACACUGGGUUACUUGUCUACUAUGAUCGAUUAUCCUUAUAACGUUUAGCUCUGUGCACUAAUCUGAUAUAAGUCUGACAGUGGUGGGUAGUUCGGGUCAAGAGUAAAAGUUCAGACCAAGAUUUUAUUUCGACCAACCAUUUGAGCACUCUGACUCUUUAUACUCAACUGUUUGGUUGAAACAAAAUCUUGACACUUCCUGAACUCUCUUUUUUUUUUUUUUUUUGGAUUUGUAUUGGUUUGGACUUCUAUUUUCUGGACCUGAAUUAUCCACCUCUGGCCUCAGAUGAGUAACAUU